GUCUAACGGGUACGUAGGCAGCCAAAAGGUUCGAGUCUAACUAAUAAACUAACUUUAUCUUUUAAUUUUACGUAUGUGGGCGUAUAAUUUAAUUACAACUAAUACGAUUUAAAUUCUUUAGUAGUCCAGUAAGGCCCUAAAAAUACCAAAUAAUACGUCAAUGGAGUUUAGCUAAAUUAUACCCAAUGAAAUAGCAAUAUAUUAAUGAUCCAGUGGAAUUUUAAAAUACGAAAUUAUUACUAAAAAUAUACCUAACACAUUUAAACCUACCAAACUUAAGUAGUAUCGAUUUAUGGCGUUGUGAGGUGUGAUUUCACUUCCCCACACGUAACCGUACUCCUGAACCCGAAUCUCUUAACCGCAGACCAUAUCUCGGUUCUAACCCUAAGGUUACAGCCUAUUCGAAGAGUGUUCGAUCCACUCCAAGUAAGAUCGAUAGCGACUCCAAAAAAGCCAACACGACUACCUCGGACCCCCGAAGUGAUAUGAUCCCAAAUUGCCAACCAUUCACGUCACAAUUACUUGACAAAGAAGCCAUCAAAGUUGGGGAAAAGAAGGGCAGAAUUUGGCUAAGUCAAAAUCCAUGUUCAGGGUACAUACUUUGGAGGCAUGGUUCUCUCAAUUUGCUUGGUGGAAAUUCAAGUUUAAGGGUUUGUUUUGUAGAUCAAGUUACCAUCUUUCCAAUGGUAUGCUUUUUGGAUCCAGAAGAUGUCAUUAAGGUUGUUUUCCAAGGCCUCAAAGUUGCUACCUCAAAACUGGAAAACUGCCAGAAAAUGGUUUAAGUCUGGAAACUGUUUUGUGAAGCCUACUUUGGAGCUCAGUUCAAGGAGCAUGGAUCUGAUUCGAGACCAAAGGCUUCUACAACAUGAAACUAGGUAUGUUUAUAUACCAAGGGAAGGAAUUGGAUGAAAGAUUGAAGUUCCGGAAAGCCUUGAACAAAAGGCGCGAAGUUAGUAUGAAAGCUGCUUUUGGACUGUUUGCUGGCAGCUUACUUGCACUUGAAGAAAGAGAGUUUAAAUCCGAAUUUUGAGUCCUUUUUAGAGUAGAUUUUUACCUUAAUUGUUUUCUAGUUCUAUUAGGUUUGCAUUAGGUUUAUUUGCCUUUAAACACCUUUCUAUUUUCGUUGUAAAAAUUCAGACUUUGUUGAAUAGAAAAGAAACCGUUUGGUUUGUGCAAGUUGCGACUUGUUUUGGGUUUGGUGGAUUCCAAACUUGCUGAGCUUGUGUAUCGAUUGAAUAGUCACUUCAAUCGUGGUCGAGCAACUACCCUUUUAUACCAAUCGAGCUAUCCCCAGGUGUGGAUUUGUCCUUUUGGUUCCGUUUUAUCCAAGUUCGUAUUAAGAACGCGUUGUUCUUGAUUCGAGUUCAAUCAAUCUUUAGAUUGAUUGUUUGCUGCGUUACUUUGAUAAAAAUACACCCCCCAGGGGCGUGUUAAGUGGUACCAGAGCCCGGUUCUACACAAGGGCGAAGAAGAAGGCGAAAACGUGUUAUUUCGUACAAGCAGAAUUCGUCGAGAAACAGGGCAGCCAUGGUGGGCGAACUAGAACAAGCGAAUUUGACGUCCUAUACUCGCUGUUUGGUGGGUGAGAAGGUGUGCUCUGUGUACGUCAAUAGUGAGAGCCAAUCGAACUUGAUUAGCUCACGGGCAGUAGCUAAAUUGGGGCUUCCAAUUCGAAAACAUCCAGCCCCUUAUUUAUUGCCAUUGUUGGAAGAAGAAGGUUUUGCUUUCGUGACAGAACAGGUGCUCUUGCAAUUUAAAAUUGGGAGCUAUGUAGACGAGGUUCUCUGCGAAAUAGUGCCUCUAAAAUUGACUCAUGUCGUGCUUGGCAAGCCUUGGCACGAUGAUCGCAAUGCUCAACGCAGCAGAAGAACAAAUCACAUCAGGUUGAGGCAUUGUGGGAAGCUUUUUGCUCUAAAGCUUCUGUCGCCAGAAGAAGCUGCUGAAGAUCGAUCAACCCUGCUGCAACAGCUCCGUGACGAGGAGGAAAAGCUGCUGGAGGUUUCUAACGGGGAUCAACAGUUACGUGAGCCAGAUGUCCAGCUCAUUGAGGAAGUUCAAGCAACGGAAACAACAGCCUGCACCGAUCGUUGUUUUUCAUCGGCGAGACAGAGUUUGAUGUCUCAAGACAACGACGUCAAGCAGAAGGACGAUUCGAAGGACGUCACUACUUCUGGAAAGCCUCUGGACGUUCAAGGAAAGAUGUUUCCAUCACCAAUCGCUUCAGGUCAACAUGGAAUCGAAGAAGUUGAGUCUUCAGCCGCCAUCAGACACUGUUCUUCCUCAAGGAAACAGAGCAGGAAAGAGGGAGAGUUGGGUGGCGAUCUCGGAAGCAAGUCGACCUAGCCCAAUGCUUCCAAUACAUUCCCUCCAGCUACAGAAAGCUCUCCCCUCGAUCGAAAUGUCACGAAUCGAUCUAUGCUGCAGAAUCAAAAUCGAGUUCCAAAGCCUCUGGAACCGCAACCGCAAGAAGGAAAACACGCUCAAUUGGUUGGGGAGAUUGGGCGCAAUCCGACGCAAGCGGCCAUUGAAGAAUCGUUCGUUGAGGUCCCAGGAACGUGCCAGAUCCACCAAUUCAUCCCUUCGAAGCGUGAACAAAAAACACCCAAUUUCCAAUUGAAAAAUCUGGGUUCGAAAUUGGAUGACGGCGGGAAAGAGGAACUCGAUGAUUCGACAAAAAUGGUGAUGAUUCGAGCCUGUGGGAAGGUCCAGAAUUUCAAUAUGAAGCCUGGAGAAGGGCUUGGAGUGGUUCAAUUGGACUGAAAAUCGUCGAAACGAAAAUCCCCAAUUCAUUCGAGCAAGAACUGGUACGCAGAAGCAGUCCGACGACCUGGAAAGUUUUCCAACCGCGUUCAGGUGGAAUUGAUCGUCGAGGAAGGUUUUUGGCAAAUUCAGGAAGAGUUUCCAACAGCUCUGCAAGCUUCCAAGCCCUUGGACGAGUUCGAAGUUGAGUAUGCAGCUGAAAUUUUUGCGUCGAAAAGGAUGAUCGAGCAGCCCACCUUCGAUCCAAUUUGGGAUCAAUUAUGCGUCCAGUUUGAUCAAUUAAAGGCUAAAGUGUUGAGGGCAACACUUUUUCAAGAGGGAGGGCCUGAUAUGAUCCCAAAUUGCCAACCAUUCACGUCACAAUUACUUGACAAAGAAGCCAUCAAAGUUGGGAAGAAGAAGGGCAGAAUUUGGCUAAGUCAAAAUCCAUGUUCAGGGUACAUACUUUGGAGGCAUGGUUCUCUCAAUUUGCUUGGUGGAAAUUCAAGUUUAAGUGUUUUUUUUUCAGAUCAAGUUACCAUCUUUCCAAUGGUAUGCUUUUUGGAUCCAGAAGAUGUCAUUAAGGUUGUUUUCCAAGGCCUCAAAGUUGCUACCUCAAAACUGGAAAACUGCCAGAAAAUGGUUAAGUCUGGAAACUGUUUUGUGAAGCCUACUUUGGAGCUCAGUUCAAGGAGCAUGGAUCUGAUUCGAGACCAAAGGCUUCUACAACAUGAAACUAGGUAUGUGUAUAUACCAAGGGAAGGAAUUGGAUGAAAUAUUGAAGUUCUGGAAAGCCUUGAACAAAAGGCGCGAAGUUAGUACGAAAGCUGCUUUUGGACUGUUUGCUGGCAGCUUACUUGCACUUGAAGAAAGAGAGUUUAAAUCCGAAUUUUGAGUCCUUUUUAGAGUAGAUUUUUACCUUAAUUGUUUCCUAGUUCUAUUAGGUUUGCAUUAGGUUUAUUUGCCUUUAAAUACCUUUCUAUUUUCGUUGUAAAAAUUCAGACUUUGUUGAAUAGAAAAGAAACCGUUUGGUUUGUGCAAGUUGCGACUUGUUUUGGGUUUGGUGGAUUCCAAACUUGCUGAGCUUGUGUAUCGAUUGAAUAGUCACUUCAAUCGUGGUCGAGCAACUACCCUUUUAUACCAAUCGAGCUAUCCCCAGGUGUGGAUUUGUCCUUUUGGUUCCGUUUUAUCCAAGUUCGUAUUAAGAACGCGUUGUUCUUGAUUCGAGUUCAAUCAAUCUUUGGAUUGAUU